AUGGAAAAUUAUAUAAAAAAUAAAAACGAGGAAAACUUAGAAUAUAUAAAAAAUAAUAUAGGAUAUGUAUUAGCAAAAUCUUUAUUGUUAACCAUAAAGACAGACACACAAACUCCCCUUUCAAUCAUAAGGAAACACUUACACAAUUUUGCAUCGUUUAAUGAAGAAAAAAAAAAGAGAAAAGAAAUUUUAAUAAAGAAAUUAAACUCGAAUAAUAUAAAAAUACAUGAUGAAAUAAAUAAAAACUUCUCAAAAAAAACGAUGAAAGAUCUUUAUCAUUUUGUAAAUACUGAAGAUGUAAUGGAUAUAAAUGCUUCAAAUGAAAUGUUGUGUUUAAUGAAAAAUAUUUUUGAAGUUGAAAAUGUAUAUAUAGGAACGAAAUAUAUAAAAGAAGGAAAAAACAAGAAAAAACAAAAAAAGAUAUCUAAUUAUAAAAAUAAUAUUGUAAAAUUUUUUAAUACUACUGAAAAUUGUGAACUUCAUAAUCAAAUAUUGUGUAAUGAGGAUCAUAUUAAUAAUUUAUUUAUUAUUUUAGAUAACAAAAAAAAAAAAAAAAAAAAAAAAAUAAAUAAAUUCGUUUUUGAAAAAUACUUUAUCUUUAACAACGUUAUAAGAGGAAGUUAUACAUAUGAUUCCUUUAAUCAUAAUUUUUUUCCCUCUGUUAAUCCGUUUUAUCGAAAUGAAGAUACCCUCAAAAGGUUGAAAAUUAAUAUAAGGGCAAGGAAAAAAAAAACUAACGGGAAAGAAAGGGAAAUUAAAAAAGGAGAUCAUGAUGUGGAAAAGGAAGAUGACGACGACGAGGAAAAAGAAAACGACGACGAUGAAGAAAAAGAAAAUGACGACGAUGAAGAAAAAGAAAAUGACGACGACGAGGAAAAAGAAAAUGAAGACGAUGAAGAAAAAGAAAAUGACGAUGAAGAAAAAGAAAAUGACGACGAUGAGGAAAAAGAAAAUGAUGACGAUGAGGAAAAAGAAAAUGACGACGAUGAUGAAAAAGCAAAUUAUUAUGUGGAGAAAAAAGAGAGCGAUGGUGAUAUAACAGAAGAAAAAAUCAAUAACGACAAAAAUAAUAAUAAAAAAGAGAUUAACAAUAAACAGAAAUAUAAUAAAAAGGAUAUUUUAAUACAUCCUCAUAAAAAUAAUAUAAAAGAAAAUACUGAAAAAGAUUUACUUAAAAUCCUUAAUUUGAAUCUUACAUAUGCAUGUAUAUAUAUUUAUGAAGUAAUGGAAAAAGAAAAUAUGUUUUUAUAUUCGUAUAUGAAACCUGGAGACUUUUUAUCUAUACCUAUUAUAUAUUAUACACAUUAUAAUAUGAAUUUCUUAAAUGAAUUAUAUAUCUUUAAAAAGAAUAAUAUUCUUAAUAAUAAUACCAAUGUAUAUAACAAUAAUGAAGACAAUAAAGAGUUUUAUGGACAUAAUAAUGAUAUUGCAAAAAAGGAAAGCAUGCAAAAUGAUUAUAAUGACGAAAUGAUAGAAACUAAAGAAGAUAAUAAAAAUGAAGUUUUUGUUUUAAAAAAUAAAAAAUGCAUACAACCAGAAUUAAAAUGUAUAGAUGAAAAUAAGGUAGAAAUGUGUCUAUGUUUUGAUAAUAGAGGAAGUACAAAUAAAAUAAAAAAAAAAGAAAUUAUUAAUAUUAUUCAUUUUUCUUACUUUCUAAUUACUCGUAUAUUCCUAUAUGAAAAAAAGGCCAUAGAGAAUCAAGUAAAUUUCAUGAUUGAGAAUGAGUAUGGAGAAGAAAAACAUUGUAUUGAUAAUUUAAACGAAAAAAUAAAAAACUUAAAAUAUGAUAAUAUUAUAAAUAAAUAUAAAAAUGUAUUAGCAGAUCAUUAUUACUUUAAGGAAUCAAAUGAAUUAAUUAAAUAUGUAUCCCUUUUUCUAUGGAUACAAAAAAAAAUAUCGAAAAAUGAAAAAAAGAUUUAUCAAAUUAAAAUGAUAAAAGUUGAAUACAAUAGAAAAAUUUUCUUCACUUUAUUUACUACAUAUUUAUUACUGGAAUAUGACUAUUCUUAUUUUACUUUUUUAAAAAGCAUAGAUAGUUAUGAAUGGACACAAUUAAUAUUUCAUAUAAAUAAAUAUUUUAUGGAGAAACUUAUAAUGUUUAAUCCGGUUAUAUGCUUUGAAGAAAAGGAAAUAUCUAAGUUACAACAUAUAAACAAUUUGAUAGAUAAAUUGUCUUUAGUAAAAAAUAAGAAAUAUCCAAACCAUAUGGAAAAUAUGACUACCUAUGGAAUAACCUUACUAAAUUUCUUUAACCAAGUAUCUCUUAAUAUUUUAAAU